AUGCAGACCACCACCGCGCCCGCUGCCACUGAGGCUGCCGAGGGCCCUGCCAAGUAUGGCGUCUUCCGGCUUGCCUACGACGUGGCUAAUGAGGACCCAGCGCUCACGCGCAACUGGAAGAAGACGGUGCACAUUGCCGUGACUGGCGCGUCUGGGCAGAUCAGCAACCACCUGCUUUUCAUGCUGGCGUCUGGCGAGGUGUUUGGCCGUGACCAGCCUGUGGCGCUGCAGCUCUUGGGCAGCCAGCGCUCGCGUGAGGCGCUGGAGGGCGUGGCCAUGGAGCUGGAGGACUCACUUUACCCUCUGCUGCGCGAGGUCAGCAUCGGCAUCGACCCGCGCGAGAUCUUCAAGGGUGCGGACUAUGCGCUGAUGGUGGGCGCCCAGCCGCGUGGCCCCGGCAUGGAGCGCGCCGACCUGCUGGACCUGAACGGCCGCAUCUUCAAGGACCAGGGCCAGGCGCUCAACGACGUGGCGAGCCCUGACGUGAAGGUGCUGGUGGUGGGGAACCCCUGCAACACCAACGCCCUCAUCGCCAUGGAGAACGCCCCCCGGAUUCCCCGCAAGAACUUCCACGCUCUCACACGCCUCGACGAGAACAGGGCCAAGUGCCAGCUGGCGCUGAAGAGCGGCAAGUUCUACACCAACGUCAACCGCGUUGCGAUUUGGGGCAACCACAGCACCACCCAGGUGCCUGACUUUGUAAACGCGCGCAUCGGUGGCCGCCCCGCCAUCGACGUCAUCGGCGACAUGAAGUGGUUCAGGAACGAGUUCACCCCUACGGUGGCCCAGCGCGGUGGGGCUCUUAUCAAGAAGUGGGGCCGCUCGUCCGCAGCAUCAACCGCUGUCAGCGUCGCCGAUGCGAUCCGUGCGCUGGUGACCCCCACCGCGCCCGGUGACUGCUUCUCCUCGGGCGUAAUCACGGACGGCAACCCCUACGGCAUCCCCGACGGCCUCAUCUUCUCCAUGCCCUGCCGCUCCACUGGCGAUGGCAACUACGAGAUCUGCGACGACUUCAUCAUUGACGACUGGCUGCGCUCCAAGAUCAACGCCAGCGUGGACGAGCUUGUCAAGGAGAAGGAGUGCGUUGGCCACCUCAUCGGCACCCCCAACCCCGUCUGCCGCAUCACCAAGGACGAUGAGGACACCUGGCUCCCGGGCGAGAACUGA